CCUGAAAUGGCGGGUAAAAAUUGAAUUUAUUUUACCAGACAUGUUACGACAAAGGCUGUCAUGAAAUUUCAUUAUAAACCCGCUAGACGUAUCAUAAAUAUGUAGAUCAGAGAUUGUAAAAGGCAAGAAUGGACCCAGACUCACCCUUGAAAUUGCCGUCACCUAUUUUACCAACUGAAAAAGGAGAAGAUGAUGAAGAAAAGCUGGAUCCGUCCAUGGGUCUCCACAGAAACAACGUUCCUAGUCCUAAAUAUACACCCAAAAUCUUCACUGCAGGAGCCCAUGGCAAGAAAAUUGGAUAUGUUCAUCCUCAUAUGUCCAGUCCAAGUCCAGGGCAUAAGCUGGCAUUUGGAGGGAGCAGGAAUGAGCUGUUUUUGCGGUCUGUGCUGUCUAGUCCGUACAAUCCCCCCGACCCUAACUCCUUCACCCCCAUGUCUGCCACUCCAUCCGGAAUCAGUCCCCGCCCUGUGUUCAGGACCCCCGUCACCAAAGACCAGGGAUCCCCGCUCACUCAUAGGACCCCGCAAGGCAGCCAUCACCCUUCCAUGCAAAAACAGAAGGUAGUUAACCCAUUUGAUGUUGCCCUUUUGGAUCAGUUGCAUGGGCCAGUGUUUAUGAGUCCUGGGGUCUUUACAACACAAUCUACACCCUCCACAGAUGAGAAAAAACCUUUCCGCUGGUCAAUAGAACACAUAGCUGAACUUCACCCAGCAGACAUUGACGAAAUGCCAGUGUACCAGCAAAUCACACCAGACAAAGAGGUCGAGGAAAGGGCACAAAAGGCUAUAGACAACUUUUUCUCUACCAAUCUUAUCGCACCCUCUCCCUGGAAUUCUAAUACAGAUGCCUUGGGGGGCGCUCAUCUUGUCGAAACUCCUGUGAGAGCUCUUGAGCCAGACCUUCAAGGAUCCAUUCAGAAACAGCUACCAUUUGCUAAAAAGAUUCCUAUCACACAGGAUGCAUCAGCUCAGACAAUGCUAUCCCUUCCAGCAGGGUUUGAUAUCAAAGAAGUACUAGGUGAAUACAUGAUAUGUGAUGAUUCAGAGAACCAGGACACAUCCCAGAAGAAGGAAUCAAACCAAGAUGCUUUGAGCACUUCCUCAUUGAGAAGGAAACUUUUUUCCCAUCCAGAUAAUAGCAGUUUUGCUUUAAGUCCAGUUAAAACAGCCCCGGUGAUAGAGGAGGAAGAUGACUUCAAUGGAUGUGCUUCCCCUCAGGUGCUCUCAGCCAACAAAGUGGAGGUCCCCUUCCAGCAUGCCACACCUCUAAAGCCACCAAGCAGAAGUCACUUUUCAUCCAGUCCAAUAAAGAAUGUCAAAGGCUUGCAAACUCCUGAUUGUUGUGAUAAACAACAGCAAAGAGAGUUCUUCAGCUCUCCAGCACUGUCUCCCAUCGGAGUGGGGCGAUUCUCGUCCAAGAGGACUUCAGGUUUGUUCUCUCCACAUGAAAAAAUAUUUGGUGAACAUGCAGUUCAAAAGAACAUGAGUGCUGAAUUUGCAGAAUCCCUGAGUAGCCCAGAGGUGUCUCCUAUUAAAGGGGGUUUAGGCAUCACCCCACAAACAGAGCCAAGGCCAAAGAUGUCUCUCCAGAGUCCUGGUUUCUCUCCCAUAUGUGCCAACCCAAGGAUUAUUGAAGAUGACCAGGGGUCAUUUAUUCAAGAGCCACUGCCAGAUUUUCCUUCAGACGACUCUGAUGUAGAAAUAAAUACUCCAUUAGCAUCUGAUAAUCAGUCACUAAGAAGGCCAACUACAACUCGAAAAAUAUCUCAUUUGGCUCGAAGAAGCCAGCGAAACAUUUUUCAUGAAUUUGAAGAUACAGCAAUGGACUUUGAACCCAAUUUGGAAUUUUCAAAGCAUAUCCGUUUUGCAGAUGAUAUCAAGACAUCUAGCCUUGUUCAUACAAAAGAUUUCUCCAUGGGAGACAUUGAAAUGGAUGACCAUGGCAUUGCUCCUAAUUCUACCAAUCAAGAUACAGGAUAUCAAACUGCUAGUCUUCAAUCAACCAAUCCCGACACUGGUUUGACAUCAAGUCAGAGCAAUCCAUUUUCAGUGACAUCAAACAGUGAAGUACCGCCAUCAACCAACUUGACAUCAUUAUUUAGCAAACUUCCAAUAGAUUCAGUUGUACAGGAUUCAAAUUUGCAAAUGGAUUUUCCAGAAUUCACUGCCAAAGAUUAUGAAACCAAUGCAUUUAAUCAGUUACCCGUUCCUACUACUACCCUUUCAUUGUCUCCAAGGCAAAAACCCCUAAUAGAACAAAUUUUAGAUGUGACGAAUCCUGAACAGUAUGGCCAUGCUCCCUAUACAAGAGAGGAAAUCCUGGAGAGGGCCCGCCAAGUGCUAGACAUGGUGAAUAGGCUGUAUCCAGAGGUGAAAUCUGGGAGUGGUGAUCCUGAGGAGGCAGAUCAAACAUCCAUGAUCUUCAAUAAGACAGGCCUGUCGCUCCUACAUGAAUUAGAACCUAUUGUGUCCUCCACCCCACAGAGAGAUGGCAAAGGAGAUAACACAGUGGCUGCAAGUGAACAAGCACUAGCCAUACUAAAAAAAGCUGGAGAGGACCUGGCCAAAUUUGGACACAUGCUCUCCUCUAUCAAGACUUCUAUGGAUAAUAGCAGUAUACCAAAUAUGAUCUCUUGAUGAAUAUUCCAGAGGUUAACAUUAAUAUUCAUCACAGUAAUUUAAUUACUUCAAUGCUUUUUCUCAUUUUGUAUAUUUGAUGUUUUAUGACACAUCUUGUGUUUGUGUGUUGCUCAGCUGGUGAAUUUACCAUGUGUUUCCCUCAGUAGUAAUGUUAAUAAUUAGUUUUGCUCAGUAAAUGUCCAUGCCAACAUGUGCCAAACUUCAAUUUCUUCUCAGGAUGAUAACAUAGAUGAUUUGAGUUAAAAAAUUAUAUUUUGUAGUAGUAUUAAGAAUGAAGUUGCACCAGAAAAUGUCCUUUGAGUGACUUGUGUAAUAUUUGCAAAUAGUAUUUGUUGCUUUCUAUUUAAGUUAUGCUUGUAUUGGCUCUGCAACAGAGUUGAAGUUGCACCAGAAUAUGUCUUGAGUGACCUGUGUAUGAUUUGCGUGUAUUUUUUUUCUCUUUUACAUAUUAUGUUAUGCUUGCAUUGGAUCUUAAAAAUUGAAGAAAAAAAAUAUUGUUUUUAAGCAGUUUAAUGUUUUUAUAAUAGGCUUAUUGAAGUCACACGAUCCCAAUCAAUUUACAACUUUUAAAAGUGUAAGUUUUAAUGACACCUCCAAUAUACAUAAAGAGGAACAGAAUAUACAAUGACCCUUAAACUAUUUUGCCAAAAACCCCAUGGCCGCUAUUGUACAUGUAUAUGCUUACUAGCCAUGGGUCAACGUGAGAAACAUUUCUCAUUCUUGUGCACAUGAAUGAAAUUAAAAACUGAAAGUAUUUGCACACGGAGAAGUUUUUACAAAGUAAGUCUUAUUUCAAAUAUGUCACACGAAAUUGGUCAUUAUACACUUGUACUUUAAUACUACAGCAUGAAUGGUUUAGUACUAGACAUUUGUCAGAAAUUAUUUAUUUGUUUUAUUGAGUUUUUUAAUAAAACAUUUCCUAUUGUGAUA